UGUUGAAGCCGUCGUCUGCUCCAGUUGGAGAGACCAAGCCAGCUGAUAAACAGCUGCUUUCAAGACAACUGGUUAGCCCCAAAGGCACAGAGACAAUCUCCCUGUCUCUGCACUGAAAUUGUUCUUCCCAGAAUGGAGAAGAUGGCGAUGAAGAUGUUGGUGAUAUUUGUCCUUGGAAUGAAUCACUGGACCUGUACAGGUUUCCCGGUGUAUGACUAUGACCAGGCUUCCCUGAAGGAGGCUCUCAGCGCCUCUGUGGCAAAAGUGAAUUCCCAGUCACUGAGCCCCUAUCUGUUUCGGGCGUUCAGAAGCUCAGUUAAAAGAGUCAACGCCCUGGAUGACGACAGCUUGACCAUGGACCUAGAGUUCAGGAUUCAAGAGACGACAUGCAGGAGGGAAUCGGAGGCCGACCCCGCCACCUGUGACUUCCAGAGGGGCUACCACGUGCCCAUAGCAGUUUGCAGAAGCACCGUGCGAAUGUCUGCUGAGCGCGCGCAGGAUGUGUGGGUUCGCUGCCACUGGCCCUCCAGCUCCGGGUCCAGCAGCAGUGAAGAGAUGUUUUUUGGGGAUAUCCUGGGAUCCUCUACAUCAAGAAACAGUUACCUGCUUGGUCUCACUCCUGACAGAUCCAGAGAUGAACCGCUUUAUGAACGAUCACGUGAGAUGAGAAGAAACUUUCCUCUUGGAAAUAGAAGGUACUCGAACCCGUGGUCCAGAGCAAGAGUAAACCCUGGCUUUGAGUGACAGCCUCAAGCAAAAUGCAUUGGAAGAAAUAGAAGCUCCAAUGAAGAAAUACCUUAUGAGUUGUGUAAUUUUCUUUUGAUCGAUUUCAGUCCCUAAUAAAUGGCUUACUUUUCCUUUCA